UUCUUCUACAAAUAUAUUUAUAUACUCCUAAAGUCUUCCGCAAAGUUUGAAAUUCUACUCUAUUUUAAACAAGUUGGUUGCAAAAUAUUGUAAUCGACACCUAUUAACCAGUAGAGAGGUCAGAAGUUAUACCAUUCUAAUAUUUUAUCUUUUAUUUGAACACACACACAAAUUUAUUUCAACUUGUCAAUAAAUUCUUUGUUUACAAGCCAUUUGAAGUUGACGUGGCCGUGCAUUUUUUAUAAUGAAAUGAACCAAAUAUCGUGUAGUACAAAAUUCUUUGUUUUGAAUGGUUUAUCAGCAACGUGAAUUCAAACAAAAAAUUAUGAAAGAGUUAAAGUAAUCUGCUCCUUCAUUUUUGAGUUUGACGCCUAUAAAGUGCUGACGUUUCUGUCCAGUAAAAUUUGCCAAGUCAUCAUGAAUCGUUUAACGCCAGAACAAUGGCAUAGUUAAAUAAAUGCGAAACUCUUUUUCUCGUGAGAUCGCUGUCAAAAUGUGCACUUCUUAUAACAUUCGCCAGUAAUCCUCCACAGGAACAAAAAAAAAGGGAAUUUUCAGUUUCCACACCACCAUUGAGGAAAGCCAGUGUACUACAUGGAAGUGCUUUUGGGACAGUUUUGCAGUAAGAGUUCGGUAAAAAUAUGGGCUGCCUGUCCAGCAUUUUUAGGUGUGGGCAUCGGACAGGCAAUUGCGACAUUGGCGGUAUUAACAUACUACUCAGCUUUGUUAGCUCUUACCAUUUAUUACUUUAUUGGAUCGUUUCAAUCGCCUUUGCCAUGGGCAUUCUGCAGGGAGGAGUGGGGAACGAAUUGUGUAAAUUCCAGUGUUUUAAACAGUAAUGAAGAUAACUACUCGGUUGACAGGUUGCAAAGCAGUUCUGAAUUAUAUUUCACUAAAACUGUACUAAGGGAAAUCGAGGAUAUAUCUGAUGGCAUUGGGACUCCUAGUUGGCGCCUCGUAUUAACUCUCUUGGCUUCUUGUAUAAUUGCCUAUUUUAUUAUUAUCAAAGGCGUCCGAAGUUUGGGAAAAGCUGCAUACUUCUUAGCGAUAUUCCCUUACGUAAUCCUCUUUACGUUGCUAAUAAGGGCAGUCACAUUGGAUGGAGCUGCAGAUGGUAUCAUCUAUUUUCUAAAACCUGAAUGGAAUAAACUGUUAGACAUGAAGGUGUGGAAGGAAGCUGUAGUUCAGUGUUUUUUUUCCUUGUCUGUUUGUUUUGGUCCAAUUGUCGCAUUUUCUUCGCAUAAUAAUUUUCGGUAUAAUGUUUAUCGAGAUGCUAUGAUUGUUACAACUUUGGACACUUUUACAUCUUUAUUGGCUGGAAUUACAAUUUUUGGAAUUUUAGGAAACUUGGCACUUAACUUAAAUGCUAACGAUAUCAGUGACGUUGUACGAAGUGGCACUGGAUUGGCAUUUAUUUCAUAUCCCGAUGCCAUCGCCAAGUUUCAAUUUGUGCCUCAGCUUUUUUCGGUAUUAUUCUUUUUCAUGCUAUUCGUCCUGGGAAUCGGAACCAUAGCAGCGCUACAAAAUGCAGUCAUUACAAUUCUUUGUGACCAGUUUAAAUUAAAAAAAUUCUGGUUGGUAUCUUUGAUCGUGUCAAUCAUAGGAUUUAGCGUUGGUAUAUCGUAUGUGACCCCGGGUGGACAAUGGAUUCUAAAUCUUGUGGAUUAUUUUGCUGGAACUUUUAUAGUAUUUUCUCUUGCAUUUUUUGAAGUUAUCGGUAUGACUUGGUGCUAUGGUCUUCGCAACUUUUGUGAUGAUAUGGAGUUCAUGACCGGUCGUAAGGUAUCAAUUUACUGGCGUUUUUGCUGGGGUAUAAUAACUCCAUUGUUAUUGGCAGUGAUUUUUAUUUACUCACUUGUGAUCAUGGAACCAUUGACGUAUUCUACAUGGUCGUACCCAGUUUCCGUUGAGAUUAUUGGUUGGAUGUUGCUUGUCAUAGGAUUCCUCCAGUUCCCUUUAUGGGGCAUUUGGUAUUUAUACACACACAAACAAACUUCUUUUGGAAAGACAAUCAAAAAGGGUGUAUCACCAAGUGCAAAAUGGGGUCCAAUUGAUCCAAAAAUACACGCAGAAUGGCUGCUGCAUAAACAGUAUUUAAGGAACAUGCGAGACGAAGAGCGAAGAAAGAAAGGACUGAGCAAAUUUAAACAGAAUUUGUUUUACCUGAUUGGUAUAUCCAAUUAAAACUAAAAUGAUAUCAUACAUGUGAAUUUGGUUAUUCAUUCUAAUUGAAUUUAUUAUUCUUAUCGAUACUAGUAUAGUAAGCAUGAAUGUAGAGAUUGAGAAAUUGCAUUUUAACGAUUAGAAAAUUCGAUAUUAGACGCAAUAAAAAGUGGCAUGAAAGAAAUGCAGUAAUUUAAUUAAGUGUAGUCCCGAACAACCGA